UAUAUGUAUAUACGCAAAUCUAAAAUUCUCAAAAAAUGGACGCCCAUUAUUUUUCUUGCAUUACUGCUUUCUGCCACGAGAGGCAGAAAGCAUUUUCAGGCCGUAUCUCGACCGUAAAGCGAUAUAUUAGAAGAACAAGGAUAGCACGCGAUUGUCGCUCCUUGUCUGACAUUAGAGUCCUAAGAGACCUUAGAGCAUAUAUACCUGAAGAGGGAAUUGCCUAUGUUUCCUAUGGAUUGAAAUUGUGUCCAAAAUGUGUGCGAGAGAGUAAGGUAUAGAUUCCUAAUCGUUCUCUGUGCGCUUGCGUUAGCGACGAUUUAUCGAGUAUUAAAUCGAGUUGUUGCAGGUUUGCAGAAUUAUUUCUAACAGAACUAUUUCUAACAGUGUAAAAUCAAAUUAAAUUAGUAAAAUAUCAUUAAUUUAAUAUAAAAAUGCCUUGCGUACAUUGCGUACUGUGCGGCAAUCGUGAUAAAUCGGUUUCCUAUUAUGCGUAAGUAAAUGUAACUUUUUGUGUCUAUUUAUAUUGUAGAGUUUAUUAUGUGAAUUUUAGGUUAGAUUUUAUGUGAAGUUAAAAAAACAUAUUAUAAUUUUUUACAUUGUAAAUUAUAAAAUUAAUUAUUUUUCUUAUUAAUAGAUUUCCCCAAAAAGAGGAAACAAUAGCAAUGGCUAACAUUUUGUGAAAUCGAUGAACACGUUCUUAAUACUGUCACAAAAUUAUGUUCAAGUCAUUUUCAAAAAAAAGAUAUUAUGAAGAAAGUUAAAGGCUCCUGUUUAAAACCCAAUACUGUGCCAUCUCUUCGUGGAAAGAAAAAAAAAAUAUCUCCAAAAUCGGAUUCUUCUAUCAGUGAAGUUUAUUGUAGCGCAAAAAAGAAAUUACACUUUGCUAUUGACAAUAUUGAUUACAAUGCAUCAAUAAAAGAUAUCUCUGCGAUAAUUGACAGCCAAUUUAUACUGCAAAGUAUCGAAAAUGCUCAGUUGAAUUGCCACACAUCUGCAAAAGAUGAUCUUCAAUCAUCUUGUGGCAUCAUUGAAACACCAGAUUCAACUACGAGAAUUGAAAGAUCAUCAAAAAAAGGAAAUGGUGAUCUAUCUCCACUGAGAGACGAAGAUGCUCAAAUUUUGAAACAUCUAUGAAGGCUAAAAUAUAUGAACCUCGUUUUAUUGGUGACAUUAGAACACCACAUCUAGCUACACCUAGAAAAGCUAAAAAGGCUUUAAAAGUAGCAAAACGAAUUAUCACACAACAACAAAGAAAAAGAAAAACUCUGCAGCAAUGUCGCAAUAG